AUGUCGCCCCUCCCCGCAUCCACCUCCAACGACAGGUCGAAUGAGGACGACGACGACGGGCAAUGGAUCCAUGUUGCCCGCAAAUCAAAUCGACGCCGCCCUCGUAGGCAACCUCCUCUCGCCGCCGUUGACUCCCGGCCCGCAGGCGCUUCCCGCUGCGUCUCCUCCAUCGCGGCCGAGUACCGCUCGCUCCGGGCCUCGUUCGAAACGACGUCCUGCUGCGCUCGACUCCGCGCCCUCGUCUCCGAGCGCAUCGUCCAGAGUGCACCGGACAUCACGCAGGCGGUGUGCCUCGGCAUCGGCACCUUUGACCCCCCCGACGGCGGCUGGGAGGCAAGGAAGAGGACGCACACGCAACUGGCUGCCUUCCUCGUCCUCGUCGAAGAGCUCGGUAAGCUUCGACCUCGCCAUGGAGGCUGCACACAUCCUGACGGCUUCGUAGAAGCCAUCUCCGGCGACGAGAUACGAUGCAUCUUCCAGGAACCCAUCUUCACGCCGUCGGACGUCGCCUUCAUCGCUUCCCUCGGCCACCGUGUCGUCGCCGACCCGCUGGCUUGCGAGCUCGUCGACCCGCAAACGCUGCUGUACGGCAUUCACCUCUACCGACCCAUAUACGCCCGGUCGCUCCGGAAAUUCAUGCCUGCCAUCUUCGUCGGCACGGGCUGGGACGUCUGGGACGGCGUGUCCCUCCAUGACGAUGACGCGAAUGCCGAUCUGUCCCGCCUGAGGACGAUGGAGCGGGAGUAUCAAAAAGCGUCCUUUCCGCGGGACACCGGAGGCACUGCGUUCUCGAGCACCUCCGUCUACUGGAGGCAGUCAAGCGAGAGCAAGGGAGCGGACAGGGCCCACCGGAAAGGGGGUGGCGGCGCAAGCUGA